CUUUGUUCUCACCAUGGUACGACUUUUUAUAUGUGCACUUUUUAAAAACUGCAGAUUGGUUCGUCAAAUACGUCAAUAACUGUCUCUCGCUACAUGUGUAACAGUAAUCAGUUAGUUUUAAAAAUAAACAAAUAUUUAAGACUAAGCAAUUAUUACUAAGUAUAGCUUAGAUUUACUCAGAUACAAGCUGCGAACUUUAAAAAUUCUCAGUGUUCUAUCAAGGUUAACUGUUCUGAAGGAAAAAAAUGUUUUUAUUUUGCAGAAUGACAGUCGAUUGACGUAGCUCGUAAAAUACUCCUUUACAAUGCCAGCUGAGGAAGGACGUAUUGCUCGCAAAUCCACGGUCUCUAAACAAAAUCGAAAACAAGUCCGCAGUGUACUAAAAGGAGAGAAGGCACUUCAUCGAUCAACAAGAAAACAGGUUGUAGAAGUAAUUACUCCACCUAUCUCUGCAAGGCUUAGAAGUGCUGGUACACGACAAGCAUUUGAAGAAACAAAUGUCAAGUUGGAUAACCUCCUUUUGAAACCGAAAGGUCGUAAAUCUGUUGCUGAUGUGAAUCAAAUAAAGGAGAAUGGUACACAUCUUGCUUUAAUAGUCGAAAGUAAUGGAAUACCUGACAUAUUGAACAACAAUAAUCCGUCCACUGGUUCCUCGCAGAAUGGGACAGAAAAUAAAGUCUCAGGAACUCCUGUUCUGCAACCCAUGACAAGCUCACGUUUUUGUAGCACCAUGUAGCAAUAUUCAUGUUUUUGUCCAGCUUUUUUAUACUUGUAUUUUAUUUUUAACAAAAUAUAAUAUUUGAGUAUUUCA